AUGUCCUUGCUCCUAGAUCUUCCCCAGGUCUCUUCUCUCUCCGUAGUCAUUAAAGAUAUUUUCUCCCGUGGAUUUGCCAUCAAUUCCCAGUCUUGCUUGCUUAUUUAUGUACCCAAAAACUACGGACUGUCACAUAAGAAUCAUCUCCCUGAUGAAUACCUACGUCACACUUCAGAAUGGAACCGGAAGGGCAGGUAUAGCAGGGUUGGUGGCGAUGCAGAAGUCGCUCUUGUACUUGUAUCCAGUAUUGCAGGUGGGCUUCGUAUUGUAGACACACUGGUCCCCAUCGCGGGUGCUGCCAUCGGGUCAGAUGGGAACGCCGAGGACAUAGCCCUGACCGCCAAACCCAGUGCCGUCAGGACAGCACUUGAUGUUUUCAGAGGCCUGGUCACGGGUGUGCACUGUAUCAUUACAGGCAUACUCCCGAAGGGCGCUUUGAGCGAAAGGAUUGUUUUGAGCCUGAGCGGAAGAAAUGGCCAUGACCAAAGCGAGAGCCCGUCAUAUCUUUUCCAUGAUGGUACAUCUGGCAAGAGAUUUUAG